CAAAUGGAACGGUAUCAAACCCCACAUUUAUACAAGCGGAGACAAGCAGUCGAGGAGACAUAUCACAGUAACGGCUGAGGGAGAGGGCAUACAUGUGUAUGAUCUAUCGUCCCUACAUUCCGUCAUAUCCUACUCGCAAGGAUCUCAUACCACAUUCUCUGGACCUGCCGUCACCGUUCACAGCACGAAGGACGACGCACGGAUAUGCACGACCUAUGCUGUCAUGAAAAGUGGCCCAAACAUCCCAACAUCGGACGCGGACAGGACGAUAUGGGUUAUGAGCCAGGAUCUGUCUGGCUCACUCCAAAAGCCCAAGACGAGAACUGUGAUUAUCCCUCAUCCCGUAGCCCACAUCUCGCUGCUAGACAAAUCGACUGGACACCUUCUCCUUCUCUCAAAGCGAGGUGACUUCAGCAUAUUGACACCGGAACUUGGUAUCAUUCGAACUUAUGAAGUCUCCGACGAUGGAGAUCAGCCUGACGACGUUUUUGUGUUCCCAAAAGAAGCGUGCUCAUUCUGCGAAUUCGGAGAGCCUACCGACACUGUGGCCAUAAUUUUUUCGCGAAAUUCUGACUCCAUUCGCAUUCGUGUUUUUGCAAUUGGAGAUGAAAAUGGACUCUCUGAAGGCCGGAUUCCCCUCUCAGGCUCUGCAUCUUCAGGCGUCGUCUCAUGCAGUGCUUCGGGAGUCGUUAGUUUCCUAAGUGGCUCUGGCCAUUGGAACGCCUAUCAAAUUUAUGCAUCUCCCGGCACUCCGCUUCAAAUAUCAUCGAUUGGAGAACCGCUGCAGUUGUCGCGAGUUACUGUCAAAAAAUCCCAAUCCGAAAAAGCACCUUUUAGCGAAUGCGUUUCCAUCCUCCCUAUCAGCACCUCGCUCUUACUCUGCGCCUAUCUAUCCACUCCGCCCUCACCCGAAAUUCUGAUCCAAUUAUGGGACCUCCAGUACGGUGUUGUUGUCCAAAGUCACUCGUUGUCCAUACCAUCGUCACUGUCCUCGAGCGCCAAAGAAGGUUUACGGAUACACCUUGGUGCUAUGGAGGAUAACAACGCUGUACUCACUUUGUCCCCUACUCAGUCCUCCAAUAAGGCGUCGGAAAGAUCGGCGGUCUACAUCAUACCCCUCGCGGCGGGGCUGAAGUCUAAUCUUUCCAACGCGAUGGGUCAAGCCGCUGUUUCUGCACAAUGGCUGGUUCAACCGGAGGGGUCAGGACCACUUUCGGGGCUAGACGAGAGUCGUGUGCAGCUUCUUGCGAAGAUGCAGACAGCAAUGGUGAAGAGCAAUCUCGCCCAGGUAGACGAAGCUUUCUUCAAGUGGGUCAAGGAGCAGUCGAAAGACGGCUCUUCUCCCCUCUUUGAGCACGAGUUUACGAAGCGCCUUGUCAAUAUCACCCUUGCUCCCGGUGAUGAAAAGGCGAAGUAUUCACCUCGGGUCAUCCAGUUCCUUCUGGAGCGGUCACUUCUCACAGCCAGCAUGGUGGAAGGAGGGUACCUGACGGCUCUGCGUCAACGUAAUGACUGGGGAUCCAUUAUCAGGUCCUUCGAUUCCGUCGUCGAUAUGACCGAGGAUGAAAUCAUGUUGCUCCUCAAAGAAGUGGUCGCCCAUCGGCGGAAUUCCAACCAGCCGGAAGCCAUGAAUAUAGACUCGGCCCAAUACGGCUCGAUACCUCAGUUGGAGACGUACCUUUCGUCAUGCGUGUCUUACCGAACGUCGCCACCAGUAUUACGGACAGCGUUCCGGAAAUACAUUUCCGACGCCGAAGACAUCGUUAUUAUAUUGGAGGUCCUGGAGGGAUGGAUAAUUGGAGGGACUCAAGAAUAUGCCAAAGCCCUGCUUAGCGGAGUAGCUAAGAACGCGAACUUGGAGCUUGGAUCAGGCAUUGCACCUCCGUACCACAACACUAUCACCUUCCUACAAGUAAUCUUCGAUUCAUCCUUCGUCGCACUCCUCCAGCAUAGCCCCGCGCGUGAAACGAUCCAGAAUAUUCUUUCGCAUAUACAGCCUGAGGUGGAGCUCUAUGAACGCCUCGAGCACUUACGCGGAGCCCUGGAACCGUUCAGUAAGCUGCACGCACGGGCGGCGAAGGAGAAGGCGGAGGGUGCACCGAAGGAAACACCAGCAGAGUGGAAGGCAAGGAAAAAGCGGCAGACACAGCAGACCGCGAUUGGGAUUGGGCUGUAUCGGUUGGAGGAGCUGGCUAUAUAGCGUUCGGCCGUUGUGGUACUACCGACGGUCUGGUGCGGCCUACAUGUGACCAUGCUUUAUUAGUUGUAUUUAGCCUCCAUCUCUUCUGUUCAGCUCUGCCCUCAUCCGUUGUUGCCACUCUUGGGCCUUAAACCUCCUUCAUCGCUGUGACGCGUGCGCGCGAAGCGAGAUGACAUCUCCAGCGACGGUAGCUGUAUUAACAGUCAGCGACUCCAUUAGCGCGCAAGGCGACGACAAGCAGGACAAGUCGGGCGAGCUUGCUCAAACGAUUGCAACGAACAAUGGCUUCCAAGUUGCCAGGAAGGAAGUUGUGUCUGAUAACAUAAACGAGAUACGCGCACACGUCAAGCGAUGGUCAAGCAGUGCUGACUCUGAACACGUCGAUUGGAUCAUCACCACAGGAGGGACUGGCUUUGGAGUAAAGGACUGCACGCCCGAGGCGAUAUCACCUCUGGUAGAGCGGGAGGCAUCCGGCCUCGUCCACCUCAUGUUAAGCACAUCGGCAAGGCACACGCCUCUCGGGCUGCUCUCUAGACCCGUGGCUGGCACGAUAGGUUCGACGCUUGUCACCACGCUUCCGGGAAGCCCAAAGGCCGUCAGCCAGAUCCUCGAAGGGUUCUUCGAACAGGGGCUAAUUCAUCACGUCCUUGAUCUACUACGCGGAGGAUCGGGAAAGACGUUACACAGCCAGAUGCAGGGUCAGGGAGGGAGUCAUGGUCAUCAUCAUCACAAUCAUGGCCACGGUCAUGGCCACGGUCAUGCACACCAUCACGGACAUGGUCAUGUAGCCCCGAAACCACGUACGAACUUCUCGCAUGAUCCGAGUAUGCCAGCCACUGCGCGCCAUCGUGUCUCCCCAUAUCCAAUCAUCAGCCUUGAGGACGCCUUGCAGCACAUCUUCAAUGAGACCGAAGGCCUGGGUACGGAGAAGGUCACUGUCGAUGUGAUGAACUCGAACGGGAAUGCGUCCUUGAUUGGCUCGGUCCUCGCGGAGGACGUAUAUGCGCCCACCGAAGUCCCGUCGACGAAGACGACAAGCGUAGAUGGUUACGCACUAAGAUCCACCGACCCUCCGGGUGUCUACAAAGUCCUGACCUCCAACACCCACCCUUUGAACAAAGAGCUCCCCCAAGGCACGGUGUUCCGGAUCAACACCGGCGGGCCGCUGCCGGCAGGCACAGACACGGUGAUCAUGGUGGAAGAUACCGAGAUUGUCUCAACAAUAAAAGACGCAGACGGAAAAGAUGUCGAAGAGGACGAGAUCAAGACCCUCGCGCAGGUCCCAGAGGCAGAGAACGUACGGCACCCGGGCUCGGACGUACGUAAGGGGGACCUUGUUUUGGCCAAGGGUGCAGUCAUCACCAGUGUUGGAGGCGAGAUCGGGACGCUUCACUUUGUUGGCCGGAAAGAGGUCGAGGUGUUCCGCAGGCCCGUCAUCGGGGUGAUGAGCACGGGCAACGAGAUCGAUGACCUCUUUAACCGGAAUCCGGAAAAGAAAGAGGAGGGAUGGCCUGAAAUAUGGGAUACAAACCGGCCGUCAUUGAUGGCCACAGCCAGCGAGAUGGGCUUUGCUGUUAAAGACUAUGGCAUCGUCCAGGACACCAUAGACGCAGUCGUUAAUGCGCUCAAAUCAGCAUUCAGCACGACUGAUAUAGUUAUUACAACGGGAGGUACAUCCAUGGGUUCGACAGACCUUCUGAAGCCCGUCAUCGAGCGCUACUUCGAUGGAGCAAUCCACUUUGGCCGCGUCGCUAUCAAACCAGGAAAACCGACUACAUUCGCGUCAUGCACCUAUGCUGAUCGCAGAAAGUACAUCUUUAUGCUCCCUGGAAACCCUGCGUCUGCGCUGGUAACUUUCCAUGUCUUCGUGGUUCCGGCUCUGCGCAAGAUGUCGGGCUGGAGACAUGACCAAUGCCAACUGCCACGUAUCCGUGUGAAGCUGCUUGACCCUAUGCGCCUAGAUCCACGGGUGGAAUUCCAUCGCGUGACCAUCUCUGUCACUCGGAAUGGCGAGUUCCUAGCAAGAAGUACGGGCGGCCAGCGAUCAAGUCGAAUGGCAAGUUUAAGCAGGGCGAAUGGACUCGUGGUGCUGCCGCAGAAGACUGAGAACGGACCAACUGAACUUGCAAAGGGAGAAACCGCGGACGCCAUCAUUCUGGGAGAGUUGCAGACGGAGCCUAGCACAUAACCUAUGAUUUCAUCGGUUUUCCCUUGCUCAAUGAAAGAAUUUCGUUCUCCAACACUCUAACCUCGUCUUCUAGUCGUUGACGCUGCUUCUGUAGGAGCUGCCACCUUCUCUCUUCACGCUUAUUCACGGUGGGUGCCGUCUCGUUCCGGGAUCUCAUGGCCUGAGCAGCCUCAACCUUGCUCCGUAUCAACCCUUCUUUGCGAUUGAUCCCACUGAGACCUUUUCCAGCGCGGUCAAUGAGUUCGCUAAUCUGAGGCUCGAUUUCGUCCGUCAGAUCAGCCUUG